AUGGGGGAGGCGGCAUACUGGAUUGGUCAAGCCGAGGCUGCUCAGGAAGCACGCGGCUUAUCAUGGCUAGCUCAGCAGAACUUGAUAUCACCGUUUGCCUCUCGCGGUGGAGGCCGUCUUUUUUUUUGCGAGAUCCAUCACGAUCACGAAGUCAACAUUAUUUACGGAGGCUUUGGCGGCAUGUGCACCAGAUGCAUCCGUCGUAGCCACUGGAGCCUGAACUCAGCUAGGGUUCAUCGCCCCGUCAAGAUUGUCUGGAUCGGAUACCAUUAUGGGGAAGUAUCGGAAGUUGGGGACUACGUAUGUACGGCCUGA